AUGGCAUCUGAAAUCCCCAUUCCUGGGACCGUCCAGCUUGUUGAUGUGCAAGGCAUCUUCAAUGUCAAGCAUGGCCAUCAGUCUCGGGAUAUCGUCCUGGUACCUCAGCCGACUAAUGACCCUGAUGACCCUCUGCGCUGGAAUCCCGCACGCAAGACUCAAGGAUUGUCUCCAGCAUACAUCUUGAUUGAGCAAGAUACUGGCAUUUCAAUUGCUGACCUGAGCACUGGCAAUGGUAUUCUCUUCCUCUUCUUGGGCUGGGGGACUAUGAUCACUCAAUGCCUUGCUCUCAGCAAUGGUCGACGUCUUACGCUUCUCGUGUCCAUCGUCUUGACCACUGCAGUGACUCUCUGGACUGCCUACGUCAAGUCAAGGGGCGAGUUCUUUGCCAAUCGUAUCCUCCUUGGUAUUGUCGCCUCACCGCAAGAGACACUUAUCGAAGUCAUCAUCGGAGAUCUUUUCUUUACCCACGACCGAGGCUUUUUUAUGGGUGCCUAUAGCUGGACUUUGUGGUGUGGUGCGUUUCUAACGCCCGUGGCCUCUGGUUAUGUUGCACAGGACCUCGGGUGGCGAUGGAUCCAGUAUAUUCUGACCUUUAUCGGUUGCGGUGUCACUGUUGUGACUUUCUUUUUCUUUGAGGAAACCAUGUUUUAUCGUGAUCACAGUACCGGCAACGUGCGUGAUACGAUCGGCAUCGACCCAGCAAACAUUGCCAACACCACUGAAGAUCUCGAAAGCAAUACCCCAGACACAUCGGACAAGAAGAUGAAUGAGAAAUCAACCGAUCGAGAAGAUAAAUCUACCUCCCAGUCCAUCUCGCCUUCUGAGCCAUCUGCAUUCGAUGAGCAAGAGAGCACAAAGACAUACCUGACGAAACUGAAGUUCUGGGGUUUCCGUGACCCGCGACAGCCCAGCACGUUCAAACUUUUCUUCUUACCAAUCCGAUUGCUCUUCAUGUUUCCUGGCAUGUCCUUCGGCGGCCUGCUUGUAGGUGGAAUUCUCGCUUGGUACAACGUUGUUGGUGGCUCCUUGGCUUUGAUCCUCGGUAAUGCGCCAUACAACUUUUCUGCCAACAAUAUUGGCCUGACGUACCUUUCCUGCGUUGUUGGUGUCACCAUCGGUUGCUUCCUUUCGGGAUGGAUGGCUGAUUUUCUCGCCCUCCGUCUUGCACGUCGGAAUGGUGGCGUUAUGGAACCCGAGCAGCGACUCUGGACAUGUGUUAUUGCACUCGUCAUGCACCCCGCUGGCUGUCUUCUAUACGGAGUGGGUGCAUCCUAUCACAUCCAUUGGUUCGGAGUUGUUUUCGGCCUCUGUUUGAUCUCCAUUACCCUUCCGAUGGGUGCCAAUCUUGCAUUCACCUACAUUCUCGAUAGCUAUAAGGAGGUUGCAGGAGAAGGCCUAGUUUCAGCCAUCCUGAUCCGUAACAUGAUGGGCUUUGCUUUUGGAUAUGCUGUGGUUCCCAUGAUUGAUCAUCUGUCUCUUCGUUAUGCCUUUGUACUCAUCGCCAUUUUGGGUUUAGCAGUCUGGUGCACAGCUAUUGUGAUGAUUUUUGUGGGCAAAAAUCUACGACGUUCCACUGCACAGUCAUAUUGGAAUCUGGUUGAACGAUAUGGAGCGAGAGCUCAUUAA